UGUCCGCCGGCGAACCCUAAAGACUUGUCAGCCCCUCUCUCUCUUCACAACAUGUCUCUCUCUUCUCUCUCCUUCGACACCAAGCCAAGAUUCGCCCUCGGAGGCCCAUUCAACCGCCGUCAUCCUCCCCUCCACCACCCUCGUAACUCCCUCUCCUACUCAGCUAAGCGUCAGGCUAUCUCAGCAUCACUGAGCGUCGCCGCUGACUCAACCGCCAUCGAGUCUAUAUCACGGAUUGAAUCACUGAGUCAAGUAUCAGGUGUGCUUGGUUGCCAGUGGGGAGAUGAAGGCAAAGGCAAGCUCGUUGACAUCUUAGCUCAGCACUUCGACAUCGUUGCUCGUUGUCAGGGUGGAGCUAAUGCUGGACACACUAUAUACAACUCAGAAGGGAAGAAGUUUGCUCUUCACUUAGUACCUUCAGGUAUACUCAACGAGGACACUACCUGUGUGAUCGGCAACGGAGUUGUGGUUCAUUUACCAGGUCUCUUCAAAGAGAUCGAUGGUCUAGAGUCCAACGGCGUCUCCUGCAAAGGAAGGAUCCUGGUCUCAGACCGUGCUCAUCUCUUGUUUGACUUCCAUCAAGAAGUUGACGGUCUCAGAGAAUCCGAGCUCGCAAAAUCAUUCAUCGGUACUACCAAGAGAGGAAUCGGUCCUUGCUACUCAAGUAAAGUGAUAAGGAACGGUAUCAGAGUUGGUGACCUAAGGCACAUGGACACUUUGCCUCAGAAGCUUGAUCUUUUGCUAGCAGAUGCGGCUGCUAGGUUUCCGGGGUUUAAGUACACUCCGGAGAUGCUUAGGGAAGAGGUUGAAGCGUAUAAGAGAUACGCUGAGAGGUUGGAGCCGUAUAUAACUGACACGGUUCAUUUCAUGAAUGAGGCGAUUUCGAAUAAGAAGAAGGUUUUGGUUGAAGGUGGUCAGGCUACUAUGUUGGAUAUUGACUUUGGGACUUAUCCUUUUGUUACUUCUUCGAGUCCUUCGGCUGGUGGGAUAUGCACAGGUCUUGGUAUCGCUCCGAGAGCUGUUGGUGAUCUAAUUGGAGUGGUGAAAGCAUACACUACUAGAGUUGGUUCAGGACCGUUUCCUACGGAGAAUUUGGGAACAGGUGGUGACCUUCUUAGGUUGGCUGGACAAGAGUUCGGCACUACAACUGGUCGUCCUCGUCGGUGUGGAUGGCUAGACCUUGUUGCGCUGAAAUUCUCUUGCCAAAUCAAUGGUUUUGCAUCGCUUAAUCUCACCAAGCUCGAUGUGCUUUCGGACCUGAACGAGAUUCAGCUUGGUGUGGCUUACAAGAAGAGUGAUGGCACUCGUGUUGAAUCCUUUCCUGGUGAUCUUCGUCUUCUUGAAGAACUUCAAGUGGAGUAUGAGACCUUGCCUGGAUGGAACUCUGACAUUUCCUCAAUCAGAAACUACGCUGAUCUUCCAAAGGCUGCACAGCAAUACGUUGAGAGGAUUGAAGAACUUGUGGGUGUGCCUAUUCAUUACAUUGGUAUUGGACCUGGUCGUGAUGCCCUUAUAUAUAAAUGAUUUCUAGGUUAGGCUUUUUUGUCUGACUUUAAAAAAAACUUGAUGAAGCAUCAAGUUACUUGAGAUUGUUACACGCUUUGGAUUUGAUUAAUGUUAUUGUUAUGUGUUGGCAAUGUUUCUUAUAUUUGAAGGAAGAUGAAUUCUAUGUUGAAUUGAAUUCUUGAAGUUUGCAUC